AUGGGCUUCUCAAAAAUUUACCGUUCCAUUGCUCGACUUUUUUCGAUCAAAGACAUCAAGAUCACAGAUCAAGAAAGUUGCAAGAGUCCUAAGAAGCUCACAAAGAGCCAAGAGCCUACAAACGACAACAAGACUACUUUGAACAAGGUUAUGAACUUUGUUGGCUUCUUGAAUAGCAGCAGAUCCAAGAGAUACUCCACAAACGAUGCAGUUAGCAGUAACAUCUCUGAUGGUUUUACUGGUCCCUCAUUUACUGAUACCGUGUUGCCAAUUUUGAUGGCAAUUACUACCGCAUCAAGCACUCCUCCAGUCAAUGUCAUUUUUGACAACAACUUUGACAAUGAUGGUGAGCAUGCUUCCUCUGUUCAUAUGAAUGAAGCUGUUGAUAUCGAAGGUGAGUCAUUGACAUUAUCCGCCUCUUUUCGGAAACUCAUUGCUGAAAUUGAGCCAUCACAAGCAGAUCACACAAUCUAUUAUGCUUCGGUCACCCAAUGGACAGAGCGUCUUACUUUUGAAACUCUCGUCAGCAGCGAGCUGGUACUUGGUGUAACCGAACCAAUUGGAAGCAACGUUCCUCUUCCUGUGUCUACCUCUGAUUCUUUCGCCAAAACAUCUGAAGAAGUUGAGAUUAGCAACGAACUGUCUAAAGCAAACAGGGUCAGUUCUGUUGAUCCAGUUGUGCAAGAUGAGUCUAGUUCUUUGAGUCCGGAAAACAUCGCAGAUGCCGUCGAACAAUUUCAUCCUCUCCGGGAACAUAUUGAUGGUUGUCAUUUCGAUGAAACUACCGGUCCAUCCGCUGCAGUUACUACAGUACCUUUCGUGCCGCUCAGCAACCCAGGUGUUAUCAUCAAGGCACCCUUGGUUCAACCAUUGAUUGAGGAUGAGGAUCCGGAAUCUUUCUACCGCCAGGUCUAUGUGCGAUGCGACUCAGCAACUGGUAGACUCGAUCCCCCAGACUCAUAUUCUCCUGUUGGGCAGCAAGCCAGUUUCUCUCAAUAUGACACGGAUUUGGAGCCAAUGCUGAAUAACUCGGAGAACUUACUUGAAAUUAAUGACUCUGACGAUAGACAUUAUGUUCUUCCUCAGCCUGACGAGGUUGAGCUCGAUGAAGAGCCAAUGGGCCUUUCCAGAGCUCACUAUUCCGGUGGCUGA